AAGGACUGCGCCGUCACUUGCGACCCGCUCCCUAGGCUCGAGGAAGAAGGGCGCAGGCCUGGGAGAUGCGGGGCCCGGCGGAGACUGACCUGGAGGGGCGGGGGCGGCGUUGAGGAGGCAGAGGCCGGCGGUCAGCCCCACUCCAGCUCGGUUGCCAUGUCCCGCCAGGCGAAGGACGACUUCCUGCGACACUACACAGUCUCGGACCCCCGGACCCACCCCAAGGGCUACACCGAGUAUAAAGUGACCGCGCAGUUCAUCUCAAAGAGGGACCCAGAGGAUGUCAAAGAGGUGGUGGUCUGGAAGCGGUACAGCGACUUCCGCAAGCUGCAUGGGGACCUGGCUUACACCCAUCGGAACCUCUUCCGCCGCCUGGAGGAGUUCCCGGCCUUUCCUCGUGGCCAGGUGUUUGGCCGGUUUGAGGCCUCAGUGAUUGAAGAGCGGCGGAAGGGGGCUGAGGACUUGCUUCGCUUCACUGUUCACAUCCCUGCACUCAACAACAGCCCCCAACUCAAGGAGUUCUUCCGGGGUGGGGAGGUGACCCGGCCCUCUGGCAUAUCCAGAGACCUGCACAUCCUGCCACCCCCUCUGAUCCCCACACCGCCUCCAGAGGAGCCCUGGUUGCCACAGCCACUCCCUGCAGAGAGGAGAGGCCUUGAGGAACUGGAAGUGCCAGUGGAUCCCCCACCAUCCAGCCCUGCCCAGGAGGCCCUGGAUCUCCUCUUUAACUGCGGGAGCACCGAGGAAGCAUCCACUUCCCCAGCCCGAGGCCCCCUCACAGAGGCCGAGCUUGCCCUCUUCGACCCCUUCUCCAGGGAAGGUUGGUACCUUGCUGGGCAAGAGAAGUCUGGGGAUGGAUGGCAGGCCCUGGGAAAUGGAGGACAGUGUGGCCUGAGCCCUCCACAUCUGAUCAUAGAAAGUUCAGGCCCCAGUCCAACCCACAUGGGUGAGCUGGCAGCGAUGGAGGCAGAGCCUGAAAGGCUGGACCAGGAACCCUGGGAGCCUGGAGGGCAGGAGGAGGAAGAGGACGAGGAAGGACGGCCCGUCCCUGCCUAUCUGAGCCAAGCCACAGAGCUUAUCACCCAGGCUCUUCGGGAUGAGAAGGCAGGUGCCUACCCUGCAGCUCUGCAGGGCUAUCGGGAUGGCGUGCAUAUCCUGCUGCAGGGAGUUCCUGGUGACCCGUCACCUGCCCGCCGGGAGGGUGUGAAGAAGAAGGCGGCUGAGUACCUGAAGAGAGCAGAAGAAAUCUUGCACCUGCACCUGCCCCAACUCCCAUCUUGAGAGGGAGUGAGCCCCUACCCAGGACUCUAGCUUCAGCACUGCCAGCUACUCCCUUUUACUCUCCCUGGGGCCUGGCCCUAUAUCCUGGUCUUGUAACUCUGGGGGUCAUUUCUGUGUGUAACUGGACCAAGAAUGACACAAAUAAUGAAUUCAAAGCUCCUUGACCA